UGUCUGCGACAGACCGGAAGUUGAUUUCCGUGCUGCGGCUUUUUUGUUUGUGUCUCAGUUGAAAUCUUUUCGUUCUCAGUUGUUUCACGUGACGUCACGUAUCACGGUUUAGUCGACGGUUCGGUAUGAGUUACAGUCACAGAGGAGGAAGAAGAGGAGGACGAGGAGGACGAGGACACAGAGAUGGGAGCAGAGAACGGUGGGACCGAGGAGGAGGAGGAGGAGGAGAACGAGGGGGAGGAGGAGGAGGAGGAGGAGGAGGAGGAGAACACCGGGACCGGGACCGGCCUCCUCCUCACCUAAAGGGCCGUGAGAUCGGACUGUGGUACGCCAGGUACGGAGCAGUGAGGAGGAAACAGGCGGACAGGAGAUCGCGAGCCGUGGUCCAGAUGGACGAGGACAGAGAGCAGCACAUCACUCAGCUGCUUCACAGUGUUCAGAGAGAGCAGCCGUUAGCACACAGAGACGCUGCUGUGUGUCCGUCUGACAGCUGGACCACAGAGGACGACAGUCACUGUUACUUUGAUGGGGAUUUGCCUGAAGAGCAGAAACUGAAGCUUGACAUUAAAUCUGAAGAGGAGGAAGAACUUAGUCUGGACCACAAGAAAUCCUCUUCAAAAUCACACGGACACUCAAGUACAUCAGUCGAUAAAGAUGGACCUCCAGACAGGUGGGAUGAAGAUGAUCAUCAGGAGGAGAAGGAGGACCGACGGACACUGAGAAGCAAAGACAAAGAUGUGGAGUUCUUGUUUCAGGAAGUAGUCAGAGACACUUCCCUGGACAACGACUUGAUGAGAGACUUCAUGAGCAAGAGAUCAGAUCCAAAGUACAGAGAAAUGCUGAAAUUCAGGGAAAAAUUACCAUCUUACGGGAAAAAAGAGGAGCUGGUGGAGCUGAUCCGCAGUAACCGUGUGUUGGUGGUGAGUGGAGAGACUGGCUGUGGUAAAACGACUCAGGUCACACAGUUCAUCCUGGACGACUACAUCAACAGAGGCGUGGGCUCGCUGUGCCGGGUCGUGUGCACGCAGCCUCGUCGCAUCAGUGCCAUCUCUGUAGCAGAGCGUGUAGCAGCAGAGAGAGCAGAAAGUGUUGGCAAUGGAAACUCUUGUGGUUACCAGAUCCGCCUACAGAGCCGGUUACCACGGAAACAAGGUUCAGUCUUGUACUGCACAACGGGUAUUAUUCUUCAGUGGCUUCGCUCAGACCCACUCUUGUCCAGUAUUAGUCACUUGGUGUUGGAUGAGAUUCACGAGAGGAACCUGCAGUCCGACGUGUUGCUCAUCAUCGUGAAGGAUCUGCUGAAGCUCCGUGAUGAUCUCAAGAUCAUCCUCAUGAGUGCCACGCUCAAUGCAGAGAAGUUUUCCAAAUACUUUGACAACUGUCCAAUGAUCCACAUCCCCGGCUCAACUUUCCCAGUGGACGAGUUCCUACUUGAGGACAUUGUAGAGAUGACUAGAUAUCGUCCUCAGAACCAGGACCGUCGACCGGCAUGGAAGAGAGGCUUCUGGCAGGGACAGAACUCCAGACCAGAGAAAGAAGAGAAAGAGGCCGAGUACAAAGACAAGUGGCCUCUGUAUGAGCGCGCUCUGCAGGGAAGGUAUUCUGACAACACGAUUUCGACACUGCAGAUGUUGGACAAUAAUGACAAGAUUGACCUGGAGCUGAUCCUGGCACUGAUCCGUUACAUUGUGCUUCAGGAGCAGGAAGGAGCCAUCCUGGUGUUUCUCCCUGGUUGGGACAACAUCAGCAGCCUCAAUGACCUUCUCAUGGCUCAGCAGAUGUUUAAAUCAGAUCGCUUCAUUAUCAUCCCUUUACACUCUCUAAUGCCGACUGUUAACCAGACGCAGGUGUUUAAACGGCCUCCUCCUGGAGUUACAAAGAUUGUGAUUGCUACUAAUAUAGCGGAGACCAGCAUCACCAUCGAUGACGUUGUGUAUGUAAUAGAUGGAGGAAAGAUUAAAGAGACCAACUUUGACACUAACAACAACAUCAGUACCAUGACCGCUGAGUGGGUCAGUGUGGCCAACGCCAAGCAGAGGAAAGGACGUGCUGGCCGAGUGCGUCCAGGGAAGUGCUAUCAUCUGUACAAUGGCCUCAGGGCAGAGCUGUUGGACGACUAUCAACUACCUGAAAUCAUGAGGACGCCACUGGAGGAGCUGUGCCUGCAGAUCAAGAUUCUGAAGCUUGGGUCCAUAGCUCGAUUCCUGGAGAAAGCUCCGGACCCUCCGACUGAAAACGCCAUUAACCUCGCCAUCAAGAACCUCAUGGACCUGAACGCUCUGGACCGGUCAGAGAACCUGACGGCUCUGGGUGUCCACCUGGCUCGUCUUCCUGUGGAGCCUCACAUUGGCAAACUGAUUCUGUUUGGAGCUUUGUUGGGCUGCCUCGACCCUGUUCUCACCAUCGCUGCGUCACUCAGCUUCAAAGACCCUUUCUUCAUUCCACUGGGUAAAGAGAAGAUGGCCGACAUGAGGAGGAAGACUCUGUCCAGAAACUCAAAGAGUGACCACCUCACCAUUGUCAAUGCCUUCCAGGGCUGGGAAGAAACCAAACAGCGUGGUGUCAGAUAUGAGAGAGAAUACUGCUGGGAUAACUUCCUGUCUGCCAAUACUCUGCAGAUGCUGCACAACAUGAAGGCUCAGUUUGCUGAACAUCUAAUGCAUGUAGGCUUUGUCAGCAGCAAGAACCCCAAAGACCCCAAAUCUAACAUCAACUCAGACAAUGAGAAGUUAAUCAAAGCAGUGAUUGUAGCAGGUCUGUAUCCAAAGGUGGCCAUGAUCAGACCGUCUCACAGCAGAAAGAGGCCGGGAGUUAAAGUUUACACCCAGGCUGAUGGAAAAGUCUGUAUCCACCCGAAAUCUGUCAACGCUGAAGAGACGGACUUCAACUAUACGUGGCUCAUUUACCACCUGAAGAUGAAAACUAGCAGUAUCUUCCUCUAUGACUGCACUGAAGUGUCCCCGUUCUCGCUGCUGUUCUUUGGAGGAGACAUCAGCAUCCAGAGAGAUGAGGACCAGGACACCAUAGCAGUGGACAAGUGGAUUGUCUUCAGAUCCCCAGCACGCAUCGCUCACCUUGUGAAGAGCUUAAAGAAAGAGUUGGAUUCUCUGUUGGAGGAGAAAAUCCGUAAUCCUUCGCCUGUCGACUGGAAUAACCGUCAGUCCAAAGACUGUGCCGUCAUCACAGCCAUCAUAGACCUCAUCACCACCCAGGAGAAGAGCACUUCUGCCCCGAGAGGGCAACACGUUCACUUCCCUGAUGACAAUGACUAGAAAAGACAUUUCUGAUAAUCAUCACUGAGCUGAUGAAUGUGUUUCCAUGGUAACAUCCACAAACACAAACAUCACUGUGAUUGACUUUCAUCUGGAAUACUAAUAAAACAUCUGUUCAGCUGA